AUGCGUGCUAUAAUUUUUGCAGCUCUUCUGGGUUUUGCUCUAGCGGUUCCCAAAACGUCCGUCCGACGUACCAGUGCAAUUAUAGAGAACUACCCUUUCAUGGCCAGCAUGCAAUAUGGUUGGGCCAAUAUCGCCUGGGCGCAGAAUUGUGCUGGAACUCUUAUCACUAAUAAUGCUGUCCUCUCAGCUGCUCAUUGCUAUGAUGGGAAAAUACCAGCGCAAUGGCGAGUUGGUCUCGGAAGUGCGAGUCGCAGCAACAACGACACAAUUUUCAACGUUGCCAGAUUUACGUUCCACCCAAGCUACAACGUGCUGUCGCUCUUCGACGCCGAUGUUGCCAUUGUACAUCUAACAAGUAAUGCGGUGUUCUCACAAACCAUCAAUAAUGCUGCUGUUGCAAGCGCUACUUCUAUCGUUUUCCCUGGUUUACCCGUCACCUCCAUUGGAUGGGGAAGUGAGCAAGGAAAUGCACGCCCAGAGCAGUUACAACGAAGAGAUAUCACUAUUAUUAACCAAGAAAUAUGUGAACAGCAAUAUGAUAGCCUAAGGCAGCGACCAGAAUUUGCAGGCUGGCCUAAAGUAACCGCAGGAAUGGCGUGCGCUGGUGUUCCUAAUGAAGGCGGCAGAGACGCUUGUGUAGGUGAUGAGGGAGGUCCAGUUUUCUUUACAUUAGAUAGACCUAUCUUAGUAGGGAUUCACUCAUGGAGCUAUGGUUGUGCUCCAUCUACAUAUCCUAGCGUCAUUGUCCGAGUGCCGCUUUACAGUAACUGGAUAGUUGCAAAUGCUUAA